CUUUUAUGACUGUCGCUCUGAAUAAACCGCUUCGUGUUUAUGCAGGUUUCAAAAAUAGUUCAGAUAUAUAUGUGUGGGUGAGGCGAUAAGGGAGGGGCAGGGUUGUGUCAACGUCAUGGUAACUAGAUUCGUUUAACGGAAAUACACGUUUGAAAUUCAGUGACAUAAAAACAGCAUUAUGUGAAAUUUCGUUGUGUGUGUUGCCUACAGGCAUAUGCUGGGACACGCGUUCAACCUACAGGGACGUGCACACUGCCAUGAUGCGGUCCAGGGGCCUAUCACAAGUGAUGGUGUUGCUGUUGACGCUUGUAUCACAAGGUCGGUUAACCCAAUCCGCUGACUGUCCUACGAACUGUUUCGACUGUGAUGGCAAGGGCAUCUGCAUCAACUGCAACAGUGGCUGGUAUGGCGAGGACUGUUCAAAGCAAUGUCGAAACACGUGUCCGGGGGGAUGUGACAAAAUUGGACAUUGCAACACAUGUCAAACAGGAAAAUAUGGCGACUAUUGUACAGAAGAAUGUCCAUCCAACUGUAAAGUUAGUCAAUGUCAUAUUAAAACUGGACAUUGUGAAGGUGGAUGUAAGGCUGGGUUCCAUGGAGAUUCCUGUAACCUGACCUGUGGUAACUGCAGCACCAGAGCCUGCUCACAGCAGACCGGCCUCUGUGACGACUGUCCAUGUGGGUGGACGGGGGACAGGUGCCAUAUAGUAUGUGACCAAGCAUCAGCUUCAUGUAAAGUGUGUGGAGGCGAUGGCAGGACGACAUCUACAUCUACAUCUACAUCUACAUCUACAACAUCUAGGAUGUGGACUACAACUGCCACAACUGCAAGUGUAACAUCAUCUUCAGGGGUAACGUCAGGCUAUAAUUCGGUUGCUGCCAUUUCAAUCGGAGUCUUUCUUUUGCUGGUGAUUUUACUAACGGCUACAGGAUGCAUCAUUGCAUAUUGGAAACAUUGGUUUUGCUUCAAGGAGAAGAGGAAGCCGGAGCCGGCAGUGGAACCAAUGUAUAAUUCAGAUCCUUUUGGCAGUCCAACAAUCUCCAGAGCUCACUCUAGCUUUAUCAGACAAGACCCCAUGGCGAUGGAAAAUGAGGAUGAAUAGAACAAGAUGUCUGUUGAAGAUGGCAGUAUUAAUGAUGUGUAGGAACAAAGGGAUGCGCGAUGAAAUGCAAGAAAGAUUCAUCUGUGGAGAGUCCUCGACCCAAAACCUUCACAAUCAUCAUUAUGUGGGAUCAAGGUUUAUGAUUUCUUGAUAGAGUGAGUCCAGUCCUAUCCACCAUGUUAACAGCUGUCAAGGAAGGAGCUUCAAAGGAAAACACGCAAGAUUCGAGCUUCUUUGUAUCCCGUUGAAUGAUCUCAAAUGUACUGAUUGGUGCUGACUUUAUUUGCGAGAAUCCUAAGACAUCAAUAUCCACCUGUAUCUGAUGAAUGCUUGUCAUUAGGUAGGAGUCUGUAUUUGAAUAUAAUGCAACACAGUCUAUACUUGAUAGUCCUAUUGUUCAUCAGGAAUUGUUAGAUGCUAGUAAUAGUGAAACUUAAUAAAUCAGCAGGCAGUGACAACGUUUAAGCGUAGAUGUGUAUAAGUGCUUGUAGUUUAUUUGUGCCAUUUAAUGCUAUGUUUGAGUUAGUCUGUUUUCCUAUAUGCUGGUCAGUUGGUUCUAUUGUCCCUCCACAUAAGACAUAAGAAGGAUAAUGUUAAUUCGUCAUGUAACUACAGAGGUAUUACUUUACUGAGUGUGUUUAGUACGUGUAUGUCACAGUUUUAAAUAGAAGGUUGCAGUUCUCGACAGAGGCGUAUGAGAAACGUGUGGUGUCCAAGCUGGCUUUCGCCAUGGUUACUCAGCUACGUAUAACGUGUCUAUUUUGCAGUACAAAUAGUGUAAAGCCUCGCUUGCCUGAAAAAGUUCCUCCAGCUGUUAGGUGUAGAAAGUAAACAAUAUGGGACCGAGCACUGAUCCUUGCGGAACUCCUUAAUCCAAAUUGAAUUGACCAGAAUUGCAAUAUCUGAUGACCGAUUGGUGUCCAUCCGAUGUAUAGGAAUCAAACCAUGACACGUUUUUUUCAAACUCACAUUCUAGUCGUGUCAAAAGCUUUCACUGGUCAAUCGUGUUAAACGUCGCGGAGAGGUUGAGGAGCACAAUGCUAUUCUUCAAGUUCAGCAUAUGUUAUUUAGUAUAUUAGCUUCACUACAAAAUGUUAAGCCCCUACUUAUAACGUUAUUCUUUAACACGUUUGACACUAAAGUUGUUCCAAUCUUUAUGUAUGGCAGUGAAAUGUUGGGGUCUUCGUAUUGUGAGUACACUGCACCAAAACAUCACCCUCUAACAAUGUACCUUGAGACUGAGGGGCAUACGCUAUUAACGUUUAGCGAUGGAUGGUAAAAUUAACUGAGUAUAAAACUCAAGAUCCCUUUUACAUAAUAAUCGUUUUCAUGAUGUGUGAGAGGAGUAGAUUACAGUAUAUCGUUUGAACAGGACUGUAACGUUUCGUAAACAAAUAGUCCAAAGUGUGCUAUUUACACCCUCUAAAAGAAUAUUAUUUUAAAUUGAAUUAUAUCUUUCAGGAAUAACAAUAAAUACGUUUCAGGUUGCA